UUCUCCGCGGGAACCUUUGCGCCUCUGCCUGCGUUUGCGCUGCGGUGGAACUCCUCUCCUUGGCGAAGGAUGUGGCCGACGCUGCGCAAAGCUGGCGCGCCCCUGGCUCUGGUGGGGCUUUGCUUGGUCACGCUCGCCCGGUCCCUGCCCCUCACCGAUGCUGGACCACAUGUCAACUAUGGCUGGGGAGAGGCCAUAAGAUUGAGGCACCUCUACACCGCCGGCAGACACAGCACGUUCAGCUAUUUCUUGAGGAUCAACAGCGACGGCCGAGUGGACGGCGCCAGCGCCCAGAAUCUGCAUAGUUUGCUGGAGAUCCGAGCCGUGUCCGUUCGUACGGUGGCGAUCAAGGGCGUCGAAAGCUCUCGCUACCUCUGCAUGGAAGCGGAGGGGAGGCUGCGCGGGCUUCUCAGUUAUUCUACAGAGGAUUGUUCCUUUGAAGAGGAGAUGCGCCCAGAUGGCUAUAACAUCUACAAGUCCAAGAAAUAUGGAGUCUUGGUGUCCUUAAGUACUGCCAGGCAAAGGCAACAAAAUAAAGGGAAAGACUUCCCACUGUCUCAUUUCUUGCCAAUGAUCAACACUGUGCCAGUGGAGUCAACCGAUUUUGGAGAUUACGGCGACACCGGGCAGCAUUUGCAAUCCGGAGUUUUCAGUCCCCCUCUUGAAACUGACAGCAUGGAUCCCUUCGGCAUCACCUCAGAAGUAUCCGUGAAAAGCCUUAGUUUUGGGAAAUGAGAACAAGUGCUCCUUACAUGAGUCGUGCUCCAUAAAAAAAGCAUUACCAGCAGGAUAUUAUUUCUAGCAGUGAUAUUUCACACAUGGCUACAUUCAGAUGCGGCACAA